AACCAAAUGAAGCCAGUAACUUAAAAACGUUGCGUUUAUUUCAAGUGAUGCGAGGUAUGCAGCAGCGGUUGCAAGUUCCCGCUCUGUUGCUCUAAAACCCCAAACUAAACAAAAACCCUAACCACUGCUCAUUUGUGUAAAACCGUGAUGGCGAUGACAACCGUAGAAGAACACGACGUGGGUAUCUCCUGCUUCAUUUCCAACAUUCCUGGCUUCCGCGGAAUUUUAAAGCAAAGGUAUUCUGAUUUUAUUGUGAAUGAAGUGGCCAGAGAUGGAACAGUUGUUCAAUUGUCCACACUUGAUGCCCCUGAAGAGGAGCCAGAGAGUUUUCAGGAAAAUGGAACCAACACAUCCGACGCUGUUGUAAGUUAUGCAUCUCAGAUUGAAUCCUUCAAGUCUCUUGCUGGGGAGUCCGAUGCAGUUCUUUUGGAGGAAUUUAUCAGUAAAAUUAAUGCUGGUGGAGAAGAUAGUGUCUCUCCUAUUGUUCUUUCUCCGGAUUCUGAUAAAUCUCAUCGAAAGGCAAUGCAUAACUUCUUUAAGGAAAACUUUAAGUUCCUGGUCACUGAUGUAGUUGAUGGACCUGACGCAUCAUCAAAAUGUAUCCGUGUGAGAUUAAAUUCUGCUGAACCCAACAACAAAGGAAAAAACUCUAAGAAGCGCAAAGAAAGAGGUGAUAAGCCCUUUGACAGCCGAGGUUCAGAAGAUUGGCCAGAAAAUGUUGGCAAGUUCCUUAGGUUUUAUCUUUACAAGGAGAACAAGGAUACCCAAGAAGCUUUGGGGGUUAUUGGAAAUAUGCUUGGCAUUCAGCCAAAAUCAUUUGGAUUUUCGGGUACAAAGGACAAGCGUGCUGUCACGACCCAAAGGGUUACUGUUUACAAGCAGCGAGCAAGUAGGCUAGCUUCCCUUAACAAGAGGUUGUUUGGAAUUAAACUGGGUGAUUUCUGUUAUGUUAAGGAAGCACUUUGUCUUGGCCAGCUCUUGGGAAAUCGAUUUACAAUCACAUUGCGAGGCAUUGUUGCAGAUUCUGAAGAUACCAUAAAAGCAUCUGCAGAGGCCUUAGGAAAGCAUGGCUUCAUUAACUACUUUGGCCUACAGCGUUUUGGAAGUGGUUCCGUGCCAACUCACCUCAUUGGAGCUGCAUUACUCCGAGGGGAAUGGAGACUUGCUGUAGACCUGAUCCUUGAUCCAAGAGAUGGAGAAAGAAACGCAAUAGCCAAGGCACGCAAGUACUAUAAAGAAAGUAACGAUGUUGUUGGGACACUUAAGCAGUUACCUCGAUACAUGGUCGCAGAAAGGGCUGUGCUGCAAACUUUAAAAAUGUCUCCUGGAAAUUAUUUGCAGGCUUUGAAAAGUAUUCCAAGGACUCUGAGAAUGUUGUAUGUACAUAGUUACCAAAGCUAUUUGUGGAACCAUGCUGCAAGUAAGAGGGUGCAAAAAUAUGGAACUGAACUUGUAUUAGGGGACUUGGUAUAUUGUAAAGAAAAUUCUACUGGAAAGGUUACAGAGCUCGUUGGAUCUGAAUAUGCUGAAGACUGCGGUGAUAGGUAUGAUUCUAAUAACGAUGAAGUCUUAGAAGAUGUUCAUGAAGAAAUAAAGAGUGAUGUCAAGGCUGUCGAUGCUGAAGAUCUUAAUUCAGGAUCUUACACAAUUGAUGAUGUCAUCCUUCCUAUGCCAGGUUCCCGGGUAAAUUAUCCAACCAAUCAUAUUGCCAGUGUUUAUGAAGAUUUGGCAAAAAAAGAUGGAAUCAGUUUGACUGAGAGCAUGCAUAAUGUGGAGGAAUUCUCAAUAACUAGUAUCACCGGAUGUUACAGGAGGGUUUUUCAGAAGCCUAUUAACUUUGAAUGGGAAUUACUUACAUAUACUGACAAUAAUACACAAUUGGUAGAGACGGAUUUAGACAAAAUUAACAAGUCUAAACCUAUGAACACUGUCAAACCAAUGGGUGCAGUAAAUGAGAAAAAGGAAGAAGCCUUUGAUGGCAUCAGAGAAUUAGAGAGCUCCAAUGACGGUGCAAAGGUUGAGAAUUAUAAUGAGAUUGCAGGUGAGGAAGUAAAAUUAUCACAUGACGAGUCUCUUGGUGGCUCCGACUCUCAAGAUCCCCAUAUUGCUCUCAAAUUGAGCUUUACUCUUCCUGCUUCAUGUUAUGCAACAAUGGCCAUAAGGGAGCUGCUGAAGACUUCAACCUCUGUUGCAUAUCACAAGACACUAAACCAGUAAUAAGCACGCAGCUACCCAUUUAGCAAUGUUUUCUGCAGGAGUGAUUUAUAGAACAGAGAGAAAACUGCAAAGAGAAGUUUCAGAUCGUAUGCUACUAAUUUUAUGUUUUAAUAAUCGUAUAUUGUCAGAAGAGAGCAAAAUCCGCUUGGGUACUCUUUGUAUAUUCUUUGUAUAUUGUCGGAGAACUGUGAAAUUUAACGCUACUAAAUAGUUCUACAUUUUCAAAUGCUAUUAAUUUCGUUAUUGUACUGGAUGAUUUCCAUGUGUUGGAUUUUAGUACCUUGUGCGCAGUUCUUUUUUCAA